AUGGAAGGUCUUAUUCGUAGACGAGGUUCUCAGAAAGCCAAGGUUACAAUCUUUAGCAAAUACAUCUCUCCAUUACAUGACAGAAUAAAAAAGGGUGACAGCAUUUCCGAGUUAGAGGUGUUACAGACGGUCGAAAUGUUGAGCGGUAUUGAGAGCUUAGUUGAAUUUAAUGAAAUUCAAGAUCAAAUUGAAACUUUAGUCAAAGCGGAUCAGUUAGCUACGGAGGUUCUUGAGCGCGAGGAAUUUUAUAAUAAGCACUCUUCUGUAGUAGCGAUCGCGAGAAAAAUCAUCCGCGAUUAUGGGGGCGAUAAAGCUAGUGAGCGCUCUAAAAAUUCAUACGCGGGUCACUGUAUUGAGCCGAAACCGAUAGAAUUAGGACAUUUUAACGGGAAUAUGGACAAUUGGCUUGAUUAUGCUAAUAUCUUUGAGUCCUUAGUCAACAAGAAUGAGUACUUAGAUAAUAUUAGGCGUUUUCAUUAUCUAAGAAGUUCUCUACAAGGCAGCGCCGCUCAAAUCAUACGAACUUUGGAAUUCACCGCGGAAAAUUACGAGAUUGCGUGGAAAUUAGUUAGGGAAAGGUACGAUAAUAAUAGAUUAUUAAUAUCCAAUCACGUCAAUGCGUUAUUCAAUAUAGAACCGAUAAAUAAAGAGUCAUCUGGUAGAUUGAGGCAACUAGUUGACAUUUUUUCAAAACAUUUAUACGCAUUAAAGCAACUAGGCUUACCUACAGAAUAUUGGGACGUUCUCCUGAUUCAUAUUAUUUCGAGCAAAUUUGACACAUAUACUUUACGCGCGUGGGAGAACAGCAAGACGAGCAACGAAAUACCUAGUUUCGACGAUUUUAAGACGUUUUUAAAAUCAAGGGCGGACCUCUUAGAAUCAAUUGAGGCAAAUCAAGCGGAAAAAGAGAAUACGCGAAAUAAUUCGCAAGCGGGCGCAUAUCCGCGGAAUACAAAAAAUUCGCAGAAUACUCGCGGUCUAUACUCAUCGCAAGACACUCCAAACAAUACAGAUAGUGCGAGAUGUUGCCCUAUGUGCAAUGGGGAACAUGCUAUCUAUCAAUGCGGCGAAUUUUUAAGGCUUUCAUCGAAGGAAAGAUUCGAUAAAGUACGAAAGAUGAACCUUUGCACGAACUGCCUUAAAGGGGGGCACUACUACAGGAGGUGUAAACAAUCAACGUGCAAGAGGUGUUCUUCUAAACAUCACACGUAUUUGCACCCCGAUAGGUCAAGCGAGCGAAACACACCUUCAAUGCGACAACCUGUAGUAAGUGCGAGCGAAAAUCAAGCGGUAGAUGACCUACAAGGCACUCUAAAUACUACCAAUUUGACAGCUUCUGCUGUUAGCAGCAAGGCCAGCCCUGAACAAAGCAUACUAUCCACAGUAUUGGUCAAUAUUGUCGAUGGCCAGGGCAAAUCAUACGCGGUGCGAGCGCUACUAGACUGCGGCUCGCAGAGUUCAUUUAUCACGGAAAAUGUAUGCGAUCGGCUUCGAAUUAAACGAAGCAGAGUGGACAUAUCUGUCUUAGGGAUAAACAACGCGUCAUCUCCCGUUCGUUUCAGGCUUCAUACCAGCGGUUAA